CGCUGUACGAAGCGGUAUUACUCACUUUUGGAAAUCCGUCUAGAAAGGACGCGUGGUAUCUUCAUAGAAAAUGGGCUUAACUGAAAGCUUCCUUGUAAAGCUACUACUUUACAUCGGCGUAAUCAACGCGAUUUAUCUUCCCACGGUUUUAUGUCAGGAGGAAGAAGACAACAAUCAAUGCAUACCGAAAAAAGUUUUCAUCGCAUUAUUGCGUCUCCCAGAAGCAAGCUCGAAUUUAGCGGCUUAUUCGCGUACUGCUCGAAUUAUUCAGGAUGCAAAGAAUCGUAACGAGAUGGCUCAUUUAAAGGCACUCAGUACCGAGGAAAACGAUGAUUCAGAAAUUUGUAUACCGGGUAGUCUUUAUUUGGAACUCUUUAGAGAUCCAGCGAUGCGAGCUCAUUUGAUGUCGAUUGGUAAAUCAUCCAAAUUACCGGAAUAUCCGUUCGGACGUUCGUUCGAGGAGAACAUCGAAGAAGUUGAACCAUUAGCCGAAACGGAAAAACGAAGUCUCGCGACCUUGGCAAAGAACGGUGAUCUUCCGGUUUCUAUUCAGGAACGUAAAGAAGAGACCAACAAUAAUGACGACGAGGAAAAAAGAAGUUACGCUUCGAAGUUUGGUACUUGGACCGAUGAAAGAUUGGCAACAUUAUUGCAACAUAUGACAGAAGAUUUCGGUAAAAAUAUACCUGAUAUUAUUCGUCAGUAUACACUUCCCAAUGGUGAAUUGGAUAUCGAAGCUUUGAUACGUAAUUAUCCUUCUGAGAAGAGAAACGUGGGUUCGUUGGCACGAGACUUUGCUUUACCACCGACAGCUGGUAGAAGAAACAUUGCUUCAUUGGCACGUGAUCGUUCGUUAUUAGCUUCAAAUGGCAAGAGAAAUAUCGGUGCCCUUGCAAGGGAUCGAGCAUUACCACAAAUGGCAGGAAAAAGGAAUGUUGCUGCGUUAGCUAGGACCUAUAUGUUACCAAAAUCAGGUAAAAUGGAUUAUUUAUCCGAAGAUAUGUCACCGAUUGAGAGAAGGUAUUUGGGUUCUUUGGCUCGGUCAGAUGGAUUACCAGCUUUUCAUGCUUCUUACGAUGAAGAUAAAAGAAAUGUUGCAUCAUUGGCCAAAAAUGGAGACUGGCCUGAAUACGUUAAACGUGCUUAUGCCAUUCCCCCAUACGGUAUGAUCGUUCGUACUAUGAGCCGUCAUGGACGAUCAUUGAAAGAAAAACCUCUCGAUCUUUAUCAUCAAUUAACUCGCGAAAAACACGACGAUGAAAAUUCUGGAUCAUUCCUUGACGAUAAAUUGGAUUUUUUGAUGCGAGAUUCGGACGAUAGGAGAACGAAAAGGCAAAUUGAUUUUUCCGACGAGUAUCCAUUACCCGUCAUGCAGAAUUCUAAUGUUCUUGAUUACGAGGAAAUGAUCGAGGCCCUGACCGGACAAUAUCCAAACACGGAAAAAAGAUUCAUGGGAACGGAAUCGGCUGGGUUGGAGUUGCCGACGGACACCUCGAUUCCCGUUGGAUAUCUCGAGACAUUUCAACGAAGUAAAAGACAUAUCGGGUCUCUGGCGCGGCAAGGUUUGCUACCAUCGAUAAGGGCGGCACGAAUCUCGCGAUCACCCAGAUAUCUGGUCGACAGGGAGAAUUCCGCAGAUGGGCCCACGUCAAACUACUCCUUCAACCCGACGACUUGGUCGUUAAGGCCCAUUUAUGGUUCUGGCCCUCCCAGAAUACGCUAUCUUCAGUCAUUGUGCAGGUAUUGUCACCAUGGCUUCCGAAGAUCCCGUUCUAUUACCGACGGACGAUAAUUUUCUUCAUAACCGACUGUGUAAAUUGUUUAAAUCGUGCAAGUAGCGAUGGGUAUAAACAUAUUCCUUAAGUUUUCAAUAUUUUUAAUCAUUUGAAGAAUUAUAACUUUCUGCAUCGCGUUUUUUAUAUUGAUUUGUAAAUUAUUCUAGAACAAGAUAAUGAAAGAGAAGGGUAAUUAUAAUUUAUUAAACAAUAGAUAUAAUAUAAAUUGAGAAAGCAUGUAAAAGACUGAAUUGAUAGACCCAUCGCUAAAUGCAAAAUCCGUAAUUACUGGCUCCAUCAUCAUCGUUGAUUAAAUUAUCGUCGUGUAAUCAUAACGACGGAAUUAUACGCAAAUUUACGAAAUAUCGAAAAUAACGACGAGAAAGAAAGAAAGAAAAAAAGAUUACACCUACUUACACCGAUGUAAAUAUUUUGUAAACCUACAAUUUCGUGCUUGUUCUCUCUCUUUUUAAUUCAUAUACGAUAUUCCUUAAAGUUCCAUAGAAAUUCUGAAAGUUUUAUAAUUCUAUUAUUAAUACGUAAUAUUACUUGCAAUAGAUGAUUUAUUUUUUGAAGAAUCGAAUUUUUUUUCAAUCGAAGAGAAACAAAUUUCUCGUCGUCAUCGUCAUUGUCGUUGUCGUUGUCGUUGUCGUUGUAAUUUUCUUUGUCGUUGUUUAAUCAUCUAAUAAAUGAAAUGAAACUAAUGUAACUUUCGUCGUGAGAGAUACCUACGCGUUCAUUGACAAUAAUAACAUUGAUAAUAAUUUUCUCCUGGAUAAUUAUAUACUACUACAUACGAUUAAGAUUAAAUUAUUCAAACACGAUAAGAGUAUUUAAAAAAAAAAAAACAAAAAAAAAUUGAUUAGAAUCGUUCGUCGUUCAUAAGACAAUAAUUAUAUCGUUAGAUAAUUAUUAUUAUUAUUAUUAUUAUUACCUGUGCUUGUAUUUUCCUUCUAUCUUCAAAUUAAUUAGGAUUAUGUUGCGUUUAAUAGAUUAAAAAAAAAAAAAAAAAA